ACCCGUUAUCAAGUUUUAUCAGGGCGAUAAAGUUUUCGCAUGUUUCUCACCCGGCGUGAUACCACUUCCUGUUAGUUUUUCCUCAAAAAGCUGCAAACUGUAUCAUACCCUCAUCACACUGUAAUUGCCGUUGUUGGACGUCCUGGACUUGUUUGAAGAUUCGCCGUAAAAAUCAAGAUGUUGCCAGUUUUCCUGCUCGUAAGCAUCGUGGUCCUUGCCGGUUCCACCUCGGCCCAAAGCUGCUUAGGACGUCCCAACGGAAGCUUUGUGGCGGACCCGGCUCGGUGUAGCUUCUACGCAACCUGCGCGAACGGAGUGGCCACCCGGUUCCAGUGUCCGGCUGGAUUCCACUUCAACCAGGCUGCCCAGAUGUGCGAUUACCCCAGUAAGGCCAGUUGCCUCAAGUGUCCCCCGGGUGGGUUCAAGAACGUGGCCGUCGAGGGGGCCUGCCGGGCGUUUGUGCAGUGCUUCCUGGGUGUGGCCACCGACCGGGAGUGCCCCGAGGGGCUGCUGUUUGAUGCCGGGCUGGGCCAGUGCAACCUCGAGAACAAAGUCCAGUGCUGAUAAGUGAUGGCUGGCGUGGUUUCAAUUUGCUUGCGGCGUUGUUUCAUUUAUCGAGGAGGACGGCAUGAGUCAACGGUAUUUUACAACUGGUGGAUUAAGCGAAACCGUUGGAAUUUGCUGUUGUUUUCCGGUCAGAGUGUUGUGCUAAUUAGCCUUACCCAGCUUUGGAUAAUACAUACUACUUAAGAAUAUAUCAAUAAUCCAACUUGAUUAAAUCUGAUUCGUUUGCGACAGGAAAGUCCACAUUUUUGUCUAUUGUAAGGAUAGUUAAUUUAAGAUUUCCUGAUAAUCUCAACUUAUCCUCUUUAAAUACAAUUGAUCAUAAUAAAUGCCAGAAAAUAUCGUACAAUUUCAUCAGCGCUGAUCUUAAAGCAAUUUGUUUUUGCCAUUGUUUU